AUUCCUGGCAACGGAGCAGCUGGACCAAGGACGAACGCCAUCGGUCCAGCUUUCUCUUUGGCUGAGAGUCGAGGCACAGCGGCCAGCGGCCUAUCGUCCGUCUUAGUCUCCGACUCCAGCCCGGUCCACCGUGCCCUGCUGCAAGGGGACGCGAGGGCCGGGGCAGGUUGCAGUCGAGAUCCAGGGUUGCCGCCCACGGGCCCUGGGGCCCUGGAUGGCCUGAUAAUCGAUGACUACUUUGGUCCGAGCCUCGAGUCUGCUUCGUUUGAGCCUGGCGGUGCCUGCGGCUCCCUUGCUGCAGUGCUUCGUGCGAAGGGAGCCUACCAAAGGGACUCUGUCGAGGGCUCCGACAAGAGGCUAGCUCUUGCAGCCGCCUCUGUCCGUGCUGCUUCCCGCCCUGCCCUCAGCGAGGAGCUUUGCCAAGGGUCGUUCGUCGUCCAAGCUUCUGCGAUGCGUCUUGCCGCCUACCUCCUUGCCGGUGGAAUCUACGUCGGUUUGACCGACACCGUCGCCAAGCAUCUCACUGACUAUGGUCGGGAGCUCUUUGACAGCUCCGGGCUCCUAAAGAACGCCGCCAACUCCCUCGAGUCAGGUCUGCUGAGCCAGCACACGGAGCGACUCAUGGAGUCUAUCCCGGCAGCGUGGCCGGUGCUGCUCAUCGCCUUCUUCCUGGCCGUCCUUUUGGGGUACAUGUACCUGGUGGCGCUGCGGCACUGCACGGUGCUGCUGAUCUGGCUGGUGAUGGCACUUUCGGUUGCCGGCUCCGCCCUCCUGGGCUUCUACCUCUGGGCCAACGCGGGCACCCUCUCGAGGCCCAAGUUUGCCCUCCACAGCCUUGUCACCGUGUCUGCUCAAGUCAUAGAUGGGCCAUCAUCGAAUGUCCUGUGCGUUUUAGGGACUUUUUGGCGGUUUGCGAAGGAGGCUCAGGCUCAGGCUGCGAGCAAGCGCGAGGGCUCUUCUCCUUGCACGCCGUCGUGCCAUUAG